AUGUUGUUUUGUUCGGAAGGGCUUGUCCGGGCUCGCCUUCAGGCUCUGCUUCGCAGCCCCGGCCAUUUGCCUCGGAGCUCGUGGGCGCCAAACAAUCGAUAUGCUUUGCCGUGCGCUCUGAAUCACACAACUGCAGUUCUACAGCAGAGUCAAGACCAGCCGUCAUCCGGUGCAGCCAGCGAGGUUUCCCCGAGUGAAUCAACCCAGAAUGUCAACCUACCGGAAUCGAGGGCAGAGUCCGGCGCUGCACGCCGAUCGAGCGGAAUGCCUGGCCCUCGGCUCGCCUCGAAACGAUCGAUUAAAAGUAUUAUGGCUGCAAAUGGGCUGAAUCCAGCAUACGCUACGACGGUGCAACAACGGCUCAAUCAUGAGAUACAGCGCGAGAAGAGGAACCUCAGGGACAGCUCAAUUGCCAUAGCAGCCAUUACUCGAGGAAGGUCUCUUUACAAUUCUUCCAGCAACGCGCUCCGCACUUGGCAACGCGCCUACGAAGAAGUUUAUAAAGCGAAACAUUAUCAACGCAAAGUGAACGACCCCAACAUUGUUCCCUCCUUGAACCCAACCGGUGAGAAAAUACUGGCGAAGAUUCAGGAGGAUUGUGGUGGCGCCUUUCGACAGUUCUGGGAGACCUGCCGACGGGACGUCAAAGCUCAACAUUGGCAAGCUCUGGCAUUUUGGCUGCUACAGAAUGAUCCGAAGCUGUUCCUGAAUUUUUUGAUUGUCACGAUGAAAGGCAAAGACACGCCAGACUUUACGAUGGUCACGGACUGCCUCUUAUACAUCGAUAACUUUUACUACGAGGAAUUGCAAGACUGGACCACUGGGCCUCGUUCGCAUGGAUAUUCAUGGAUGAUUGAAUAUUGUUUGCGGCCCGCUACAUGGCCGAUUAUCUCGCCCCCGCAGAAGGGCAUUCGUCUUUAUAUCCGACGAGCUCGUCCUUAUGGCGUCAGACUGGCCUUCCGCACAUUGAAGGCCAGAGGAAUUCAAUGGCAAGCGGAGACUCAGCUGUGUUUUGUCAACCGAUUCACACAGUUGGGAGAUGUCGACAGGGCGCUCAAGGCGCUGAGUCUUAUUCCACGGCUAAAUGACCCUGCCUUCACCAUGAACUCGCAGGGUGUUCUUCGACACUGCUGCAAAUUGUUGACUUUGGACACUGUUGAAGAUGGCAAGUCGGGUCGCAAUUUUCGGAUCUUACCGCAAAUGCUGGAGAUGGGUGUAAAACCGGAUCGGGAUAUGAUGAAUGUGGUCCUCUCAAAUGCCUACAAGACGGGAGACCACCAACUUGGCGCGGACAUGCUUCAGUUCAUGACGAACCAUGAUUACAAAUUCGAUUCAUACACCUAUGUCACGCUUCUCACAGACGCGGUCUCUCGAGGAGACCAAGCCCGGGUGCAUGAGCUGAUUCGAGAAGUUGAUGCGCAAGAAGAGAUUCGAAAGAAUCCAUACGUAGCCAACAAAAUCUUUCAUUCCCAUUACGUCUUCACUGCCAAGCACCUGGAUGCCGACGCUGACCCCUCCGGUGUCUUUUACGCUAUGCUCGACAUGUACAACACCCUUCACGACAUUACGCCGCUCAAGGAACUCCUCAUCAUCCCCCCUCAUUAUACGCCGCGGGAAGUAGGCGCGAAUACGCCGCCCACGCCCAUGGCACUGUACAUCAUGAUUGCCACUUUCUUCCGGUGCGGCAGUCCCGUGACGAACGUGCAACGCAUCUACCAGAGAUUCCACGAACUGGUCAGAAAAGGCCAUCCCACGAUAGCUCCCCUGGCGGCCACGGACCACACAUAUAACGAGUUUCUCAUCGCGCUCCGGAAGAGUUCACGCGCCAUGCAUACCUGUGUCCGGAUUGUGGAAGACAUGCUCCAUACUUCGAGCAAUGACGCCGUGACACACUCGAAGCCAAGCUUUCGCACGUGGGCUAUUCUUCUUAGCGUCUUCCUGUGGCAUCGCCGGCCUGCUGCGGCUGAGAAGAUCCGUGAAAUGAUGGCAAAGCAUCAAGUUCCUUACAAUGCGGUGACUUGGAAUCUAAUCAUCAACGGCUACGCCAAUGCCCAGCAAGUACAGGAGACCGCUGCUGCCAUGAAGGCCAUGGAAGCCGAAGGGUUCGCGCUGGACUCGUACACCAUGAAGUCUCUGAGGUAUCUUCGCGAUCCCGAGCGCCUCUGGGUCGCCGUUGAUGAGCUGGACCGAGCCGCACAAGAGGCCGAGGCUGCGCGGUCCUCUACCGUGGAGAGCCUUGCUCCGGAUCAAAAGACCUCGGAAGAUGACUGGAUGGAGAAGGGCCUGCAAAAACUCGGAGAGAAGAAGAAGCCGCAGGCUUGA